AUGCAUGUGGAUUUUCUUUCUGCUGGUGGAUGUAGUUCCUCUACAUUCAACGACGUCGACAACAAUUCAGAACUGAUUAGGGAAGAUAGAGAUAGUUAUGAAACUGAUGGAAAAGAAAUUGUUAAACCUCUUCUGUCCGAUGGGUGGGAGAAUGUUUUUGAUGAUCCUAACAAGCUUUUUCGUGGUGGUGUUGAUGAUGUUCGGUUGGCCUGUCAAAAGUAUUGUUUGAAGACUGGGUAUCGCGUAACAAAGGUGAAGAAUGAUCGUGAAAGGUUCACAAUGAAAUGCAGUAAAGUCCCAUGCACUUGGAUGAUCCAUGCAGUUGCUAUUGAUUCUACUUGCGAUGUUUUUAGGAUAAAAAAGUAUGUUGGGAGGCACACUUGUGGAGCUGGUGUGAAGUUGAGAAGUCCUAAAGUAUCGAAGAAGCUGGUACACAACCUUAUUCAUGAUCGUGUGAUGCACAACCCACUUAUCAAGCCUCGCGAAAUUGAAGAUUAUAUAAAAGUUGGUGCUGGUGUUAAUAUCAAAUAUCACCAUGCAUAUCAUGGUUUGGAACGGUCACCCCAUGAAAUUUUUGGGAAUGAUGUAAAGUCUUACUCUGAUCUGGUUUGGUGGGUGAAUUCAUUGAAAGAAACAAAUCCUGGCUCUUAUGAGGAUUUUCAGUUUAACGAUGCAACUCAGACAUUUGAAAGGUUAUUCAUCGCAAUAGGCGCUUGUAUUGAAGGUACCCUUAUGGCUGCUACUUGUCUGAAUGGGAAUCAAGGUUUUUAUCCGCUAGCCUUUGGAUUGGUCCCAGGAGAGGAUGUUGACAAUUGGGAUUGGUUUAUGUGCAAUCUUAGCAACAUUGUUGAUGACCGUCCUAUCACCUUUAUGUCUGAUCGUCAUGAAGGAUUGUUGAGGGCUAUUCCUAAACACUUUCCUACUUCCCAUCAUGGCUAUUGUUACUACCACUUGCAAGGAAACUUACCAAUCAGGAAAUCGGACGAGAAGUACAAAGAAGUUAUGGCUUGUUUCAAAAAAGCAACUUAUGCUCUCACACCAGCAAGAUAUGAAGAAGCACUAAUGGAAAUGGAGUUAAUGGGAAGGCAUGGGGUUGCUGAGUAUUGCCGCAAUAUGCCUAGGGAACAUUGGUCCAGCGCGUUCUUCACUGGCUGUAGAUUUGGUCAGACUACAUCAAGCGUUGCUGAGUCCUUCAAUAAUUGGAUUCGGAAAGACAAGAGGUUUCCUGCCUGCGCCCUCGUUGACAUGAUCAGGUUACGCGUUAUGGAGUUGAUGAAUGAACGUCGCGAAAUGAGUCUUUUGAUGGACCCAGAGAAGCUCACUCCUACCUACGAGGCGUUACUUAAAGAACAUAUUCAAAUUGGUCGAGUUUGGAAUGUUACUCAGUCAUCUGCGUAUGAGUAUGAGAUUCAUUCGCCUAGGUCUCACACUGUUGAUCUGCUGAACAAGACUUGCACCUGCCAAAGAUGGCGUGUUUAUGGUUUUCCAUGCUCUCAUGCUACAGCAGCUAUAUUCCAAGGGUGA